UCAGCGACCACGGGGACGCACUCCCCUCCCCCCCACUCAGCCCCAAUGCGCAAGCGCUCCUCUUCUCAAGUCGGGGUCGGCACCUUGGUACGCAUGCCUGAGCGGCGGCGGGAGACUGCACAGUUUGCCGCCGGAAAUUCUGAAGCCUUUGCCAUAGAGAGCGGGCUCGGCCGGGUAGCUAGAGAGGCUCACUUCCGCCCCGUUAAGGGGUGGGGGCCGCCAUCUUGCGUGCGUGCAAUUAAAGGCCGUGGCGGCAUUGGUUCCGCGUCGGGCCUCUUGGGUUGCUCCCCACCUACCAGGCUUCCAUCUCAAACUCUCCCCUGCGUGCAGGCGGGGCUGUCGACGGCCGAUUCCUUUGCAGAAGAAAACUCUUAAAUUCUGGAAAUAGCGACUCAGUAUCAUGGCCGGCCGCCUUAAUGAAGAUCCAGAAGGAAGUCGAAUCACUUAUGUGAAAGGAGAUCUUUUCGCAUGUUCCAAAACAGACUCUUUAGCCCAUUGUAUCAGUGAGGAUUGUCGAAUGGGUGCUGGAAUAGCUGUUCUCUUCAAGAAGAAGUUUGGAGGGGUACAGGAACUGUUAAAUCAACAAAAGAAGUCUGGAGAAGUGGCUGUUCUGAAGAGAGAUGGACGAUAUAUAUAUUACUUGAUUACAAAGAAGCGGGCUUCGCACAAGCCGACCUAUGAGAACCUGCGGAAGAGUUUAGAGGCCAUGAAGUCCCAUUGUCUGAAGAAUGGAGUCACUGAUCUCUCCAUGCCCAGGAUUGGAUGUGGUCUGGAUCGUCUGCAGUGGGAAAAUGUGUCUGCAAUUAUUGAAGAGGUGUUUGAGGCAACGGACAUCAAAAUCACGGUGUACACACUCUGAACAGAUGAAGAUUUGGAUGACUCGUGGUCUUUGUGUUGUUGCUACUUGGCUGUAGGACUAAGCACCUGUGGGACCUCAGAAUGGGCAGGGGACAGUGUGUGAGGGAUCUGUGUCACAGGCCAGCUGUGGCUUUCUGUACUCCAAGACUGGAGGGUGCUGGGCCCACGCAGUGUGGCAGGGAACCAGCUUAGUAAGCCCACCGGGUCGGCCUGUUUGGCUCGUCCACGACCGGAUUUGUUUGGCUGGCCACUAGGUGGCAGCGUUGAUUCUAAAGCUCUUGCUUUUGGAGAGGUAAACUGUUGCGAUUCUUUGCGUCUUUUGUGACUGUGCACCUGGUGCCAGUCUGAUGUCAUCAGAAUCAUCACUGGAAAGGAUUCUGGUUGUUUUGUGGUAGUUACACGUGUAGGUUUCUGCUGUCACCAAGGGGUUUGUGGGGACAUGAGUGGAACAAUAAACCUUUCUGUUGGGGUCACUGA